UACGUUUUCGACCGUAGGAUAAAACAUGGAUCAGAUUUGGGCGAGGUAGUUUUACAGCAAACGCGGAGGUAGUCGCAGGUUAGGAUAGUUUUUACAGUCAUUUAUCGCCUUUUAUUGGCGGGAGGCCCCCGGUUGGACCUAAACCAACAUGGCAAACGGGCGUGUAGAUAUCCACGACAUCUUUUCCAACCAAAACGACCUCAAAAGUGGCACAGACGGUGACCCUACGUCUGCCUCAGACACAGACGGCAUGGAGGACACAGUGGAGUUCAGACUCAUGAUGGCCUAUGCACAGCGUAGACGGCCGAAAAAGGACGCUGAGUCACCUAAGCAGGACUGCCCAGUUAAACUGAACGGCAAUGCAGACGCAAACGGAACAUCCUCACCUCAGACACCGGCCAAGACUGGAACAGAACUGACGGAGGAGACGACGAAGAAGAAGAAGAAGAAGAAGAGGAGGGGGUGGAAAGGUCUGCUCUGUAUCAAACCUCAGCCAGACGAUGACGAACCGCACCAAAGACCUGAGGCGCAAUGUUGUGCCAGCGACAGAUAUGCGUAUUUUCAAGAUGAUGAAGUUAUAGAAGAUAAUGAGUUGAAAGAUGUGGCAUUUCAACUGACAAAGCUCGCCAGUGAAAUCCCAUUCACUCCUCCAGAUUUAGAGACAGACGCGCCAGAUGAUGAGGUGGAGAAGCUGAUCGGUCUGCUGCUGCGGGAGAGCGGAGACAAAGUGAAUGAGCAGAUGCUGAAAGAAGUCAAAAUAGCCAAAGAACUUUUUCACAACUACAGUUUCUUUAAGACGGUAAUAACAACCCUUCUCAUGAGGAUGGGCCUCAGGACCUCCAACCCUGACUCUCCAGGGCCGUGUGCGUCGCCCAAAGCCCAGAUUGCUGUGACCUGUGAGGCCACGCGCCGUUUUUCAACCAUGGACACGCUGCCCACGAGCCGACUGCUGGGCUUUGGAGCCAGAUAUCUGAUUGAACAUUACUCAUCCUGGGUACAGGAGCAGGGCGGAUACGACGCAGCCUUUCAAAGUGACGACGAGGAUGAAAUCCAGUGAACAGCAAGAAGCUGUUUCCAGUUCAGCAGCUCUUGCCCUGCAGCCCGUCGUGGGGACCUGCCAUGCCGGACCUUUGGGAGCUGCUAACACGAACCCCCCCAGUAUGCUGGGACUGGAGAGCAUUAGUGACCCCUCUCGGUCACGUUUUAACCCCCCCUACUCAGGUGCUCUGAACGCCUUCGGUGAGAGGAACUAAGUGAGGCUCGGGACGCUUAUUUUUUUUUUGUCUCCUGCCAAAUCCGUUUACACACACACAAACUCCAACCAGGCAAAAAAAAAUACCCGCAGCAGGAAGCAUUAGAAAAAGGAUUCCUUUGCCUUAAUAAUUUUAUCGUUAAUGUAUUUCUCUGUGCCAAUUUUUUUAGAAGUCUUACAGGAACCAUGAGCCAGGUAUUAAUCCAUUUUGGUACUGUACUGCUUUUUUUCUGUGAUUAAAACGUUUCUCGUCCCUUUAAAAACGAUAACAGUUUUCAGUUUUUUCAGGGAUGUGUGAGGGUGACUGUGGACUUUUUAAAUCAGCACGUUUUUAUGUUUUAGCUCGCUUUGGAAAAAACAUUCUUAAAACAGCUUAGGUAUUGUUGAGCACUUGCACUUUUUCAUGAAGAUAUGUAGCUUUGACAUGACAUGUUUAAGGAUGCGUGGAGUCGCUUCUCUGUAUUGUUCUCGGUGGGUGGUGUUAUAUUUGUGCUUUAAACUGCCAUAAAUGAAUUUUAAUACAUUUGUGUACUGUAUGAAAUUUGUAUUACGAUUUGUAAUAAUACAUGACUGAAAAUACGCUGUAAUCACUGUCAUUUCAUCUCAGUCUGAUUAUAAGCAACUCUUGCUUGGUGAUUUUAUACUCCUUUUUUUUUUUUUCCGUUAAUGAUUUGCUGUUUAUAAAAAGGUUUCUCAGUGCAAGAGAAAGAAACAGACUUUGGGAACAUUCAGAACUGCUCAGUUCACCGUGAACAGAAAAUUGAAGGCCACUUAUGUCGCCUGUGAAUGUUUUUGUCUCGAGAGAUGUUAAAAUCACGCGUGAAGCGCAAAGGCUGCAAAGGCAAAUGUCUGUACCAUGAAGUAAUAAACCAGAAGAAAUUAAACUGCC